AUGAUAAUAAAGUUCAGUUUUUCUGCUGUGCCUUAUCCAAAUGCUAAACUUGGCUUAUCGCAUAUUGAAAGAUAUAUUGACCCAUGGAAGCAAGAAAGCAUAGAAUUUUACUGCUUAAAAUUCCCAUGGAAGCAAAGUUUGCAAAGCUUGCUAAAGCCACAAGGCAGAACACCUAUGAGGUUUUCUGGCCAGCUUGUGGCACUUAAAAUUGCCGGAUUGCCUCCAUCCGAUAAAAGGGCGACGCAGAAUGUUUCGAUAUCACUAGUUGAAGUUAAAAUGGUGGGCUCUUUCUAA